AUGCAGCAGCAGCAGCAGCAGCAGCAGCAGCAGCAGCACUCUGAGCUGUGGCUGUGGACCCUUGGGUGCUCGGGUGACGUCACCUCUGUCCCCGCCCCUGAGGCAAACUCGCUCGUCGCGUUCAUUUCAUUCCUGUUCUCAUUCCGAGCAUUCUUCACAUCUCUGACAGUGCUCGAAGCCAACCUCCUGCUGCCCAGAAACUCCCGAAGAUCAGUGAUCAGCCGCUGCUGUGGACUGCUCCGGGAUUUCCUCGGAGGAUUUGCGGAUCACCGCCUUGAAUUCACCGCGGAGAGAAGAGACUUGUUGCUUCAUCGACUUUCCUCCUUUUCUUUUCCCACAAACUUUUGCGUCUGCCCCUAG